UUUGUACUCAUUAUCGCUCGCCCGGCAUAAGAAGGGUUUGCAUUCUACCUGAAACCUUGAGAUUCGUCGCCGCCACAGCUAGCGUUGAUCGCCCAGCUUUGCUUUUUCCUGGCUUUCUUAUCCUGAAGAGUUCCCUUUUGCCUACCGCGACUUGUGUGAGCGAAGCCAUGAGAACUGUUGAUCGCAGAGGCAGAACCGGCGGUUCAGACCCGCGAAAGAGCAAAGAGGAUGAGGAGGUCGACAGGAUCAGCGAUUUGCCCGACUCGCUCCUCCUCCAUAUACUCUCUUUCCUGCCCUUCAGAUGCGCUGUCCGCGCAUCCUUGAUGCUUCGGCCGUUCCGCGGCCUUUGGAGAUCUCUGAGCAUGCUGUCCUUCGAGGAGUGUGAUUUCCAUGCUUGUCGCGGCCGUUCUGGAGCCGGUGGCGGUGAGUUCUUGAAUUUCGUCAACCAUGCGUUGGCUCUACACGAGAGCCCCGAAAUCCAUACGUUCCGUAUCGAGUUGGACUUUCAUGCGAGUGGCUCUACUAACCCUGAAUUUGACGGUCGUGGAGUAAUGUCAAAUAGAUUGGAUGAGUGGAUAUUCUUCACGCUGAAGAAAAAGGUGAAGGUCUUGGAUGUUGCCCUAGAUGGGUGUGGUAGGCUGUUGAGAGCAUUACCAGCUCUUCACUAUAGAGUGCCGAGUGCUGUUCUUGGUUCUAGUAGCCUGGUAAACCUUACAUUGAAGGUUUGUAAUAUCGAAUCUCUAGGACAGAUUCAUUUGAAAUCGCUUCAAAAGUUGUCGAUGUUUGAUGUUAAUUUAAGCGAAGAGGUGAUACAAAAUCUGGUUUCGGGAAGCCCGUCAUUGAAGAAGGUGUCCCUCUCGCACUGCCAUGGCCUGCAAGUUCUGAAGUUUGAUAGGCACCCGUCACUUGAAGAAUUGAAUGUUUGUCUUUGUGUUGACCUUGAAAAAGUUGAUCUUGCUAGUUCGGGCAUCAAAAUAUUGUCUGUCUAUAUCGUUUAUCCCUUGAGUAAGAUAAUCUGUCCGAAUGUCAUGACACUUGAACUGGAUGGAUCCAUAAAUGAAGUAAAUUUGGAUUGGGGAUCUUCCCUUAAUGAUGUGGCCCUCUAUUUCUAUCACUUUGGAGGAUUCUUUGAGGAACACGAGGAGGUCAAAACGCUUGUAGAAAAGUUUUGUAACAUUGCAUAUGUUACUCUCGGCAAUUGGAUUAUACUGCUCUUCAGCAUAUGGGAGCUAAUGUAUCUACCAUGCCCAACUUUCAGCUGGAAGUCUGUGACAAUGACACUUAAUUUGGCAAAGUGGCACCUCCCUGGGAUUUAUUACCUACUAGAGAAUUGCGACUUUCUAGAAACACUCACCAUAUAUGUUUAUCCGUCAAAUGCCGAGGAUAUUAUGGGAGGUACGUGGAAUCGAGUACGUAACUUUGAUGGAAGGAGUUACUGGAAUUUAGUUGAGGGCACAUUUCAUUGUCUUGCAUACCACCUCAAGAAUGUAAUGGUAUAUGCAUGUGUGACCGAACCAUAUGUGAUCGAGCUAAUCGAGUUUCUGCUUGGAAACGCACUGGUUUUGGAGAAAAUGGUGAUCUCUACUAAAAAGAACUUUGAACAAACUCGAAAUGGGAUUGGCAUCGGCGUACAGAAGGACUCUCCCCCGGAUAUGCUUCUGGAAUUUUCAAAAAAGGUCUUUAGUUUACCAAGGAUAUCUCCCCGUGCAGUAGUACACAUGGCAGUAUGUUGAUAUGGUUUUUUCAAACAUGGAAGCACUAAUUUAUUUCAUUUCUACAGUUUCUAUUAUACUAACAAGUCAUGUCUCUAUCCUCAGUUAACAUUUUCUCUCUUUUGGUCUUAAAUUGAUGGAUUCAAUAGUUUA